UGUCUGUCUCACAGCCGGCCUUGUUUCUUCAGAAUCAUCAUGGAAAAUCCACUUAAUUUGAUUCAAGGAUAUUCAUGGGAUAGGGAAAUGAUAGCAUUAAAAUAGUCUCAUUGGUCUAAGAAUGGAUGGAAUGUCUAAUCAUUAUAUAUAUUCAGCUCUCAAACAAAAUCCUUAUGCAUUUUCCUUCCUCUUCUUGAGAAUAUCAUGUCUACAUUGCAUGUAAUCUAAUCUCUUAAACUCUUUCAUAUCUGCAGGUUUGUUGAAUACUAUUUAUUCUGCUGUAAUCUAUAAUGUUGAGUUACCCGAGUGCACAGUCAAACAUCGGACAAAUAGCCAUUCUUGUAGGAGUUGUACUCUUUUUUGUGAAGAUCAUAAUAUUGGUUGCAGAAUGCAAAAGAAGGAAUCAGAGUAGGAUCUCUGAUAACCCAAGUUUUCUGACUCUCACAAUGAACAAAUUUCUGAAUGAUAUGGAAACAGAGAAGCCCAUCAGAUUUACUUCUCAACAACUUCAGAUUGCAACUGAUAACUUCACCAACUUGCUGGGUUCAGGAGGGUUUGGUGCAGUUUAUAAAGGAAUAUUUAGUAACGGAACCUUUGUGGCAGUGAAGGUUCUAAAUGGUACCUCGGACAAGGGAAUUGAAGAACAAUUCAUGGCGGAAGUUAGUACCCUUGGCAGGAUUCAUCAUAUCAACUUGGUUCGUCUUCAUGGUUUCUGCUUUGAGAGACACCUCAGAGCACUUGUUUAUGAGUAUAUGCCAAAUGGUUCGCUUGACAAGUUUCUUUUCCAUGGAAACAAGAUUUUAGGAUUCGAAAAGCUUCAUGAAAUUGCAGUUGGGACAGCUAGAGGGAUUGCUUACUUGCACGAAGAAUGCCAGCAGCUGAUAGUCCACUACGAUAUAAAACCUGAAAAUAUUCUUUUGGAUGUGAACUUCCUUCCUAAAGUAGCUGAUUUUGGUUUGGCCAAGCUGUCCAACAGAGACAAGACUCAUAUAACAAUGACAGGGUGGAGGGGAACUCGUGGUUAUGCUGCACCAGAAGUUUGCCUGCGGUGUCCUAUAACCCACAAGUGUGAUGUGUACAGCUUUGGAAUGCUAUUAUUUGAGAUCAUAGGUAGAAGAAGGAACCUAGACCUGAAUCUGCCGGAGAGUCAAGACUGGUUUCCGAUGUUGGGAUGGAAGAAGUUUGAAGCUGGUGAACUAGAAGAACUAAUGGUAGUAUGUGGUAUAGAUGAAAAAGAUAAAGAGGCAGCAGAGAGAAUGGUAAAAGUAGCUAUAUGGUGUGUUCAGUAUAGCUCUGAGUUGAGGCCUUUGAUGAGUGUAGUGGUGAAAAUGCUGGAAGGAGCACUUGAAAUUCCUAAGCCUUCAAUUAACCCAUUUCAGUACUUGAUGCCAGGUACUCCAAUCGUGGCCGCAUUACCCGCAUAUAGCACUAGUGCAUUCGACACUGAUUUCUCUCAAAAGAUAACUGGACAUAGCUUCUUGCGUGGUUCUCCUAUCAUGAGGAGAUACGAAAUUGAAAUAGCAUCUAGUAUGCUGAAGUAACUGCCUCCCUCAUUCUCUUUCUUUCUGUUGCAAAAUGUCAAAUCUUUCAAUAAUGUACAUUAAGUACAGGCAGUUAGGCAGAGGUUUAUUGAUGUACGUACUGCUUCUCAAACUAUGCUAAUCUGUAGCUAUGUAAAACAUUCAGUCUACUAUUUUAUAUGUUCCAUGACAUUUCUCAAAUGGUACUAAUAUUGGAAUAGCCAGAAAGUACGCCACAAUGUAAAUUC